UCCAUUCUCUACCCCUUCACCAAAUCCGUUUCUUUCUAGUUACCUACUGCAAUCAAAGCACCUCUUUUCCGUCCACGCGGUUUUUGCCUAUUUUUUCCCCCUAAAUUAUCUGGAAAUAAGAUUAAAAAUUUAAUCUUUGUCUUCCGCCCAGGCCGCUCCUUAGAUUGUCUUACUCUUCGGAUCUAUUUUCGUCUGCUUCAAUAUAGAAGUAGGAACUUCCCCUCUUAUCUAUCUCUCCCUUUUUCUCUUUCUUUGUUUCUUCUUACAGGAACCCUAACUUCCCUGAUUCUUUUUUUUUUCUAAUAAAACUUGCGGUCGUGAAAACGGUGGUCUUAUAGUCGAUGAUGGAUUACUUUUGUCCGAAGAGUUGAAAUUGAGACAGUCAGAAAACUGAUGAACUGAGCAUCUUUUGUGACGAAAGGUUUAGCGAGGAAUUGUCUUGUAUAUUUGGAAGGAAGGUGAACAAUUCUUUUAUGACCUUUUCUGCAAACUCUGAAAGCUUUUUCGGAAUUGUGUAAUCAGAAAUAUAUACAUUCUAGGCAGAAAUGGGUACUUUUUGCUGCUGCUCAUGUGGUGAUGACUGUGAAGAAUAUGCUUAUCCUAGCAAUUCAAUAUAUAGGCACUGCAUCUGCCUAAGGUUCUUCUUCUAUCAGCUAUUCACUGGGUAUGGUGCUCUGUUUCACAGAUUGGAUGGGCGACCUGCAUCCCAGAUCCAAGGAGCUUCUCUGUCAUCAACAACAACUGUUACUGCAAUAUCAGAUAAUUCAGCCAUUGAAACUCAUGUUACAAUGUCCAGACCGGUCCCUUACGAUGCUGAGCAAAGGUACUCUCGUUUGCAGCGUGAUGGCUUGGUCUCUAGGCGUGAUAAGUCUGUGACUCAUUUUCAAGAAGAAACUCAACCACUAAGAAGAAAUAUAAGCAGUUCUGAUGGAGAAUCAUUGGGUAUUGGGAGGAAAUGGAAUGGAGUCGAGUUGGAAGACGACUCUAAGAUUGUCCAUCUUGAGUUAUCAGAGAGGAGUUUGGCACCAAAAGUUGCACAAGGACCUAACUAUAUACAGCCUUCAGCAGAGGAAGAAGAUGUCUGCCCUACUUGUCUUGAUGAAUAUACACCGGAAAAUCCUAAAAUCACAGCUCGCUGCUCACACCAUUUUCAUCUUGGUUGUAUUUACGAAUGGUUGGAAAGGAGUGAAAGUUGUCCAAUAUGUGGCAAGGAGAUGGAAUUUUGUGAAAGCCCCUAAGGUCUGGUUGCAUCUUGAUUCAAUGCAAUGGAGCAAAUACAUAUAGAGCGGCAGGUAUUAAUAUGUAUAAGCUCUCUGAUCUUUAUUGAAGAGGCACAUCCUGUAUAGAAGAGUUUGUCUUUAUCCAUCACUAGUAGUGCUACCUGGUAAUUUCUUCCUACUCGGACUCGAAUGAUCAUGACGUUACCUUCGAUGUAAAAAGCUAAUAUAAUAAUUUGUGUGAAAGUUAUAAUACGUGGAAUCAACUUGAUGAUGUGUAACAAUAAAUAUGAGCUGGACUUUGUUACCUACUACGCUAAAUAUGCUAACGUUACAAAAGUACGAGCAGUAGUCUCGGGAUAGAAUAAAAGAAUUUAAACCUCUUCUUGUUCUGAUGAUGAAAA